GCCCCAUUGAAUUGUCAGUUCUUGUCGCGUCACAUGACCUGUUUUGUCCCCGUGACCAAAAUCGCAGGAAAGUUCAAAAACUCAAGAGGUUCUCAUAAGGAAUAACUCUACAAUGGAUAUGUUGGAUCCAUUAGAUUCCAGUGAGACAGAAAUUGUGGAAUCAAAAGUCCUGAUCACUGAAGAAAUCAUUGACAAACACCAACAUGGUAUUGAUAGUGAUGAUGAGCAAAAUAUUGUUAAUCACCUAUCACCGCAAACAUUACUAGAAACUCCUGGAGAUGAAGUACAUUAUUCCCUUAGAUCACCGGACGGGAUUGUUACAUACCGAGUACUUCAAGUUGAUGACAGUGGAGAUUCUGGACCACAAAUAGUAGCUGCUGGAACUGGAUACCCUAUGGGUAACCCCCAACCCGUAUUAACAAGUAAUUUAAAUGGUCAGCUGUAUGUUAUAGGAAAUAAUGAUGUUUUCACAACACAAACAGGUACAAGAGCAAUAGCACCAAGAUCUUCCAUUGUAGAGACCAAUAAUAGUGGAUUAUUACAUAUUAAAAAAAGAGACGAGAGGAGAAGGGCGACACAUAACGAAGUUGAAAGGAGAAGGAGAGAUAAAAUCAACAACUGGAUAGCUAAAUUAGCGAAAAUAAUUCCAGAAGGAAGUUCUUCCGAUAUCAAAGGAAAUGGUCAUUAUGAUGGACAGUCAAAGGGGGGAAUUUUAGCCAAAGCCUGUGAUUAUAUUAUAGAAUUGAAAGAUGUACAGCUGCAUUUAGAUAGUUGUCUCAAAGAAAACAAAGCUCAUCAACAAUCAAUUGAAAUAUUGAAGCAAAAAAAUUUCUCGCUAGAAUGUGAAAAUAGAACACUUAGGGAAAUGUUGAAAAGGAACGGUAUUGAAAUACCAGACAAUGAGAUUUCUUAGUCAAAUUUAUUAUGUUAUGCGAGAUAACAGACCAUAUGAUUGAGUUUUCCCAUUUUUCAAAAGUUCAAAUGUGAAAAUUUUGGUCAUCAGAAUUAAUUCAUCCAGUACCAAUUGGUGGGAUUCUAUACUAUGAUCAAUUUAUGUUAAUGUAAGUACACUGGACAAUAUUCUGAAUUUCUAGAUUUCCAGGAAUUUCCUGCAAUUGUUAUAUAUGGCUAAUAAUCUGAUAUUUUGUUGAAUUAUUUGUUUUAAAAUGCAAAUGCAAUACUUGAUUUGUGCAUUUUAGUUAGAGGUUUGUGAAACUUUCUCAUUUAUGAUGAUAGCAUUAGUGAUAGUUGAUUAUUGCCAUUGAAUUUAUGUUAAUGAUUGUUAUUAUAUAACUACAUAAAAAAUAUCACUAACAUUA